AUGCCCGUCAACGGUCGUCUCUACGACUAUGGCAAAUGGAUAGUCGACUUUAACGGCAAUGACCACAUCACCACUGUGCCUGGGAUACUAGAAAACCGGACCAGAGAUGUCGGCGAAGUCAGGCUGCCUGUUUGGAUUCCCGACCCUACUUCAGACAACGCCAACGAGAUGAUCCUCAAUCUCCUCCUCCAGGGCGUCGUUUUGGACACAAAUGAUGGCUGCUCUCGAAUAUCGGCGCGCCGUCUGGAGGAAUUUGGCUGGUACGCGAAGACGAAGCCUGACCGACAUGGCCGUUCCGUGAUGCAGUUCAAAAACUACCAUGGACACGUGCAGUUCCAGGCUAUGUGGGAUCAUAAAUUCUGGGGCCACGGAAGGGGUGAAUGGAAAGUCAAGACUCAAGGUCGCUAG